AUGGUAAAUGUAACAUUGUCCACUAAUCGUCGUACUGAAACUCAAUUAGUUCGAAUGUUUCUCGUUCAAGUGGGAGUGCAACUAGUACUCACUGUACCACCAUGCGUAGCUGAUCUACUUUUAUCGUUUCCAAGCAUUUAUCAAUCAACAGCACAUUUUUACUCGAUUUUUUUAAUUCUUCGAGUUAUAUUUCAUAUUUCUUAUGCUACACCAUUCUCUGUGAACAUUCUUUCGGCACACAUGUUUCGGAAAAGAUUUAUUGAAUUAAUAUUAAAAAUAUAUCCAUACAUUAAUCGCAAUCGCAUUCAAUCAAUACGACACAUUGGUGCACCAACAGCCAUACAAAUAAAUGUCUGUUGUGAUGAAUCUUAUUUGUAA